AUGGAGUUACUAGUGUUGCUGGUGCUGGCAUGUGGUGUCGUGCUGUCAGCGCAAUUCGCCAGUUCCGACGGAAUUCUGCCGCCAUCUUUCCUGAACAAAUAUCGCAGCAUUGUGCCGAAAUCGAAAUCAACGUCGAGAAACGCGAACAUUACGGAGGAGUUUUUCACCACCGAAGUCGAUCACUUCCAUAAUCAAGAUGGAGCUACGUGGAGGAAUCGCUAUCUAGCCUCACUGGAUCACUUGGUAGAAGGUGGUCCAUUGUUGAUCUUUCUCACUGGAGAUAUACCUCUCAAUUCGUCACUGAUCGAUGAAAGUACGCUGAUCAAUGAAAUGGCUCGUGAUCUUGGUGGAGCCGUAUUUGCACUUGAAACACGAUUCUACGGUCGUAGUCAACCGGUAGGAGAUCUCACUGUGGAGAGUUUGCGAUUGCUAAACACCGAACAGAUUCUGGCUGAUGUGGCCGACUUUGUGCUGCAUCUACGACGUACCGUAGUUGGUAACCCGUACGCCCACCCACUCGUAGCCGGCACUGGACUCGGUGGUGGAUUAGCCACGUGGUUCCGCAUGCGCUAUCCGCACCUAGCAGAUGCCGCAUGGUCCUCAAGCGGUUAUCUAAGGGCGGUGUACGAUUUCCAAGACUUCUCCUUCGGUUGGGCGGAAACGGCUAUUGAUGUGGGUAGCCAGGAGUGCUACAAUCGCAUCUUCAUCGCAUUCCACGUGGCACAGAAUCUGUUUGACGCCGGGUUCGGGGAGGUACUGUACAAUAAGUUAAAUCUGUGCAGUCCAGUUGAUGCGAACGAUCGCGUGGAGGUGGCAUACUUCUUCAGCGUGCUGAUGACGUCCAUCGAGUUGUACACGCUACGGAACGGAGAUGUUACGGAGUUUAGGACGGUGUGUGAAGAUAUUACGGGUGGCAGUUUCGCAACAUCUCUGGACGCGUUUGCUGCCUGGUUCAACACACGCUUUGUAGAAUAUGACGGGUGCAUUAUUGUCAGCUUCGACCAGUUUGUUGAAUCGCUUCAGGAAACAUCAGCAGUGGCCGAGAUCAGUCUGGCUGGGGAGCGCCAGUUCCUGUACCAGCAGUGCACCGAGUAUGGGUGGUUCUUUACGACUGAUUCCGAUCUGCAGCCGUUCGGCGAGCGAGUCCAGAUGGAGCUGUACUAUGAGAUGUGCCGCCGUGUGUUUGGUGAGUGGAUAACACCCGAGCUCAUGUACCGCUCGACCGAACGAACGAAUGAACGGUUUGGUGGAAGCACACCGAACGUCAUGCAGGUUCACUUUACGAACGGUGCGUUCGAUCCGUGGCGGUAUACGAGCAUCGUGUCCGAUCUAAAUGCGUACGCACUGGCUGACGUUAUACCGGGCGAGCUGGCUGGAUCAGAUCUGGGUGCCAUUUCGGAGGAAGAUGAUUCUGAGCAAUUGAUCGCGGUGAAACGUCGUCUGAAGGAGUUGGUCGAAAGCUAUCUGUUUCCAUUCAAUCCUCGAUAA